CUCCUUAGCAACCAGCGCCGCUCCCGCCAUGGCCGAAGAGAAAGUCGCUGCCCCGACGGAGAAAGUUAGCCGGAUUCAGCGAGUGUUUAUAAACCUGCUGGACACAUACAGCAGCAGAAACAUCGGGAAGUUUCUCUCUAACUGUGUAGUCGGGGCUUCGCUUGAAGACAUUACCGAAGAAGAGGAAGAGGAAGAUGAAAGCAAGUCAGCUAUGCCGGGCGCCUCCUCAGCCAAACUGAAGGAAGGCACAUUCCAGAUUGUGGGCACGCUUUCCAACCUCGAAAACCUUCGGCCCAGCUUUGCCGUGGAGACAUACUGUGCCAUCUCUCGAGAAGACCUUCUCAUGCGCCUGCUGGAAUGUGAUGUUAUUAUUUAUAACAUCACCGAGAACCCACAACAAGUGGAGGAAGCCAUCUGGGCAGCCUCUGCACUGAAUGAAGAAGUCAACCAUUUUGAAAAGCGAAAGCUGUUUAUCUUAGUGUCCACGGUGAUGACUUGGGCGCGAUCCAAACCCCUGGACCCUGAAGAGUCUGAGAUUCCAUUUACUGAAGAAGAUUAUCGAAGAAGAAAGAACCAUCCUAAUUUUCUGGACCACAUAAAUGCUGAAAAAAUGGUUCUCAAAUUUGGAAAGAACGCCAAAAAAUUCACAACUUAUGUGGUUGCUGCUGGACUUCAGUAUGGAGUGGAAGGAGGCAUCUUACAUCCUUUUUUCAAGAUGGCUUGGUUGGGCGAGGUCCCUGCAUUACCUGUUUUUGGUGAUGGAACAAAUGUAAUUCCAGCAAUUCAUGUUCUUGAUCUAGCAGGAGUGAUACAAAACAUAAUAGACCACGUGCCAAAGCUUCGUUACCUGGUUGCUGUGGACGAGUCUGUUCAUACCCUGGAAGACUUUGUCAAGUGCAUCAGUAAAAAUAGUGGCCCUGGGAGAAUCCAGAAAAUACCCAGAGAAAAUGCUUUCCUAACCAAGGACUUAACACAACAGUGUCUUGACCAUUUACUGGUCAACUUGAGAAUGGAAGCGUUCUUUGUGAAGGAGAAUUUUAACAUUCGAUGGGUUGCCCAAACAGGAUUUGUGGAGAAUAUCAACAAUAUCCUCAAAGAGUACAAGCAAAGCAGAGGAUUAUUGCCCAUCAAGAUUUGCAUUCUCGGGCCUCCUGCUGUGGGAAAAUCCAGCAUUGCCGAGGCAUUGUCCAAGUACUACAAACUGCCCCACAUUAAAUUGAAGGACGUUAUUUCCGAAGCCAUAGCAAAACUGGAAGCGAUUGUCACACCUAAGGCUGGAGGGGAAGAAGAAGAGGAAGGUGAAGAGGAGGAGGAAGAAGAGAAUGUGGAAGAUGCGCAGGACCUCCUAGACGGCAUCAGGGAAAGCAUGGAGCAGAACUCAGGCCAAGUAGAUGAUCAAUAUAUAAUUAAAUUUAUAAAAGAAAAGCUGAAAUCUAUGCCUUGUAGGAAUCAAGGUUACAUUUUAGACGGAUUCCCAAAGACAUACGACCAAGCCAAAGACCUGUUCAAUCAAGAAGAUGAGGAGGAGGAAGAAGAGGUCAAAGGCAAAAUGUUUCCCUUUGAUAAACUAAUCAUACCUGAAUUCGUUUGUGCCCUGGAUGCCUCGGAUGAGUUCCUGAAGGAGCGGGUGAUAAAUCUUCCCGAGAGCAUCGUGGCGGGGACCCACUACAGCCAUGACCGGUUCCUCCGGGCUCUGAGCAACCACCGGGACAUCAAUACUGAAGAUGAGACUGUCUUAAACUAUUUUGAUGAACUUGAAAUCCACCCGAUACAUAUUGAUGUCGGGAAACUUGAAGAUGCUCAGAACAGACUUGCCACCAAACAGCUCAUCAAAGAGAUUGGGAAGCCUCGAAAUUACGGUUUAACGGAUGAAGAAAAGGCAGAGGAGGAGCGGAGGGCGGCCGAGGAAAGCCUGGCCCAGGAGGCUAUGCAGGAAGCCGAACGCGAGCGCAAGGAAGCCAUGGAGACGGCAGAGAAAAUUGCUCGCUGGGAGGAGUGGAAUAAACGACUAGAGGAAGUGAAAAGAGAAGAAAGAGAAUUACUGGAGGCCCAGUCUGCUCCCCUGAGAAACUAUUUAAUGACCCACGUUAUGCCAACGCUUAUGCAGGGUCUGAAUGAGUGCUGUAAGGUCAGACCGGAUGAUCCCAUUGAUUUUCUGGCAGAGUAUCUCUUCAAGAACAAUCCUGAAACACAGUGAAACUUUAAAGAUCUCAUGUCAUAUAUCUUUACAGAGCUGGAGAUGAGUUUAAUGUUGUAAUCUGAAAAAUUGCUUUAAAAAAUGUUUUUUAGGUUUUUGGAAAAUUCUUUCCUUUCUUCCUGCAAACAAAUAUUUACUAAGUAGAAUCAUUAUAAAAAGCUCUAUGGCAAUGAGUCACUACUUCAUUAAAACUAUAUUUGAAAGGUAAAUUGAUAAGGUGUCUGUGCAUAGCUCAUGGGACAAAUAUUGAUUUAUUAUUUCAUUCUUAGUCUAAAUAUUCUGUACACUAAUGUUUAUAAUAAUUUAUAGCAUGAAAAAAAGCAGACUAUAUUUUAUCCUAACAUGUCGGCUAAUGAAUUUAUGUGAUUUGUGAUGGCCCCAAUACCAAUGGUGUUAGAAAUGGAAAGAAAUUAGAACAGUUUAU